UUAACGUUUGUUUACAAAAAUACAGUGCAGUACAUACAGUGGACGCAAAAUUUAAAAAGAUUUUCCACAGCUUUUCUCGAAUAAAAAAUUUUUCCACUUUACAGAAAGAUGAGUACGGAUCAUAAUCUUUUAGGAUUUACCAAACAGACCGAAACGAUACUGUACGGCGUGGGAGCACAGAAUUUGCUAAAGGAAUGCAAAAGGAGAAAUAUAUCAACUGAGGCGUUGUGCAAGUUAACCAAGGAAGAUUUCGUGCAACUCGGUGCUGAGAAAGAUCAAGCUGAAAAUAUAUUUAAUGCUCUAUGUAUCUCCAAGGUGAAAACACAACAGAAAAAAUCUGUUGUGAAACCUUAUCAUAGUAUAUCUGAAAAAGUGGAAAUACUGCAGUCAGGUGAGAGACAAUUCCGCAUAAUUCAAGAUUAUGUGAAAUACUGCAGAAUGAAACUGAAAAAAGAAAGAAUCAACUUUUUUGUCGAAGUGGAUAAAGCUUUGAGUGCCUCUCAAAUUCUGUGUAUGGCUGCUGACGCUGCUCUUAAAGAAGUCAAUGACGCUGAGUUGAAACUAAAAGAACUGAAAGCUGUAAUUUUGCUUUGAAAUCUCCGCUUCAGUCGCACUAAGAUGGACGGCGGAGCAUACGGCGGUGGCAAGGCCGGAGCCCCUUUCGAUCCGAUCGCAUUCGUCCAGCGGCCGCAGGUCAUUCUGAGAGCGAUAUGCCUGCUUUUUGCAAUAAUCGUCUUUGGGUGUAUAAGCAGCAAGGGCUACAUUACAAAAGAAGAUGGGAAGGAAGUUUGUCUUUAUAACGCGGACAAUAAUGCAUGCAAUUACGGGGUUGGUAUCGGAGUGCUGGCGUUUCUGGCCAGUAUCGGAUUCCUUGUAGGUGAAUACCUGUUUGAACAGAUGUCGUCUGUCAAGACUAGAAAACAUUUUGUUCUCAUUGAUUUGGGUUUCUCGGGUUUUUGGUCUUUCCUCUAUUUCGUGGGAUUCUGUUACCUAACAAACGCAUGGAACAACUCAGUAGCACCAAAGGAUGGAUAUGGUGUGAAUAAUGUGCAAACGGCUAUCACAUUCUCAUUCUUCUCUAUCUUUACUUGGGCCGGUUGCGCUUGGUUCGCGUUUAAAAGAUUUAAGCAGGGUACCGAUGCAGCGUUCGCUCCGAGUUACGAAGCGGAUCCCGUCGGCGGUACAGGAUACACAAGUUACCCCGACGCCACCGAUACCGCUUACCAAGAACCGCCGUUCGGUCAGCAGCAGCAGCAGCAGCAGCAACGGGGUAUGGGUGACUUUCAAGCCCCAGCUUACUAAAAGUCAUCCAUAGUCUAUACCAAAAUGUAUUUCCAUUGGAUGCACAGCGAGCUACUUACGAAAGAAGAUGAUUUAGGAUAAUUUUUCAGAGAACAAGAUAUAUUGUUUUCCACCACCUGUGUUUUGCUUAAAGACUAAAGAGGAACUUCAUUCGCUGAUAGGUCGCUGGGCAACGCGUUGGUCAUAGAGUAAGUUUUCAUGGCAAGACGUAGAAGGAAGUUAUUUGUUAAACUGUGCUUCUUAUUGUUGACCACUUGUAAGUUACACUUAUCCAUACGCCCAAUGUCACAAGAAAAAAAAAGCGUUAGGUGUUUGAACGUCAUAUACGCCUGGACAUGCGUUACGACGGUGGCUACUGACCAUUUAUGUGGGAAGUAAAUAUUAUCUUAUAAUGAGUAACACUAUAGCAAAACUCCAUAAAUAAGUAAGAACUAGUACAUGCACACAAGCUAUGUAUAUUUUAAACGUUGUAACGUGUUUAUGGUAAACGCGAUUUAAAUAUAACAGUAAUAUAAAAUGCAUUGCAUUAUCGUGCAAUUAGUAUUAAAACGAUGUACACGAAGUCUAGGAUUGAAAAUGCGUAAGUUUCGCGAAUAAGUCGACACACGUUUUAAUAUAUUAGUGAGACAAUAUCUAAGUUACUUAAGUUAAUUAUGUCGUAUCAGUUGCAAAGUAAUUGGAUAUUCCUUGAAACGAAUAGCAUUAGCAAAUGUAACUGCACACUCGUAACUGCGAUGAAUAGCAAAACCAAAGUUUUUAUUAAUAUAAAUUCGUAUAUAUAUAUUUAAAAUUAUAAAAGGCAUAACUUACAUAUAAAUUGCUCGUGUUGCUACAUUAAAUUUUUGUAUUUGAGUCGCUUUAUGUGUUAACAGUUUAUUAAUAUGAAGGGAAGAGAUUUAUAAGUGAACACAUCACGAGGAAAAAAAAUUGUUAUUGAAUUUUUGUAUUUAAUGAUUGUUUCUUUAUUUUCAUAAGUAUUUAUGGAAUCUCAGGGGAAUGUUUUCAGUUAUUUAAAUUAUUUAUUUAUUUAUUUAUUUAUUUAUACAUUGUUAUUUAUUACACAAAUGUAAAUCUCGAUAUACAUGAUAAAAAUCAUGCAUUACUGGAAAUAUAAAAUAUAUUAAUUUGUGAUUCUUUUUAUAAGUAUUUAUGGAAUCUUGGGAAUAUAUUUUUAAUUAUUCAGAUUAUUUAUUUAAUUAUUUGUGAUUAAUUAUUUAUUAUACAAGGAAUAUGUAAAUCUCAAUAUGUAUAUUAAAAAUCCUGCACCUUACUGGAAAUGUGAAAUAACUUUGAUUGAUAACGAACAUGAGCGUUAACAGAAAAAAUAUAUAUAUAUGACAAUUUUAUGUUUGAUAAUCCUGGAGCCACGCGUUACAUC